AGUUCAGACACUACAUGAUAUGUUUCCGAAUUGAUCAAUAUGUGUUCCCGCCAUAAGCAGUUACUUUUCUGAAAAUACAAAUUGCAAAAUAGCAAUUUUUUUUCAUUUCAUGAAUUUUAUCCCUAAAAAUGUCAAUUUUAUUCUUUCUGAUUAUCAUCUCUUUAGGUCAAUUAGGAUCAACAGAAACCACUGCAAGACUUUCCAAAUUCCUAAUCGGAGACGAUGAUAGCAGAAUUUACGCAUGUUCUGACAGGGUUUUUUAUGCAUUCGAAAGUAAUGGGUCCAUUGCUUGGUCUUUACAUUUGCCUUAUUCUUGCAAUUCUACCAUGCCUCCAGUUCACGGCGGUAGAGGAAAAAUUUUUUUGAUUGCUGAGAACAGAGUGAUGAACAUAAAUUUCUUAAAUUUGGGAACUUCUCCACCUACAGCAGAUGUUUUCUUGGGGCCUGAAAAGGGGCAGGAAGAUUCAAGUGAUAUCAUAGGACUAGCAGUGAGUACUUUGAGUUCGUCUGUUUUCAUCAAUGUUAAGAAUAAAGGGUUGUUUGCUUAUAUGAUGCGUGGUCAACUAUUAUGGAGUGCUGGACCUGUGCUUUCUCAAUUCGGAUACCGUCUAGGUUGCAGAAAAGGAGUUGAAGGUUGCUUUUUUACUUCAGUUCCCAUGAUUGAUCGAUGCGAGGCUAGUUUAUACAUAUCGAAUACUGCUGGAGAGCUUUAUUCUUUGUCGCUCCGUAGUCCUCAUUAUAAUUGGGUUCAGGAUUUAAGCUCAUAUGGCAAGGAUUUUACUGUCACACCAGGAAACAAUGGCCUUUUGUAUGUUAUUAUACCAACCAAGGCGAUUGUAUUAGCACUUGGCGUUUCCAUGGGUAAUGUUUUAUGGCAGAGAAGUGUUGGGCCAUUGAGAAUAGCUGACUGCACACCAGUUGUAGAUUCUAAUGGCUGGAUAUCGAUAGGUUCGUUGGAUGGUUUUCUGUACUCAAUAUCACCAAGUGGAGAUGUAAAUAAAUUCACAAAAGUAUCUGAAGUGAACUCUGUUAUCCAAGUUAGCCCAUUUCUUGAUUGCUCUGGCUAUGCAGUUUAUAUCUCUCAAGCAGAAAUGGAAGGGAAAAAUAGCCAAUUACUUGGUGAUUACAAUUAUGUCUCAGCGUUGAGGCCUACAGGUGUAGUUUUCACCUUGUUGGCUCCAACAACCGGUGCUGUCUACUGGUCUGAAAGCUAUCCUGGUCAGUUUUUAUCUAUAUUGUCUCAAAGUGAUCUGCAACAUUUCGCUGUGGAUGAGGGGAUCCUUCUUGCUUUUAUUACUGCUUCAAGGAUAGGCAACCAGCUGAUGUGUCGUAGCAAAAAUGAGCAGCUUGUAUCUACUUGCUCACAAGCAAGGCCUAAGCCUCUCAAAAUUUACACAGGAAAUUCAGGUAAUGAGAAGAAAAUAAUGCUGUUCCUGUUAGUUGAAUCCAUUGUCUUGGUAGUUUUGGCUGGACUAGUUCGAUUUUGCUGCAUCUUUUGGAGUAAAAAGAAGCUUCAAGGUCAAGACUUGGGAAAUUUUCUUGCAAAAAGAAGAUCUUUACAACAGAAGAAGAAAGAAUAUGAUCGCACGAUUACAGAACUGGAAGAAAAAGCUGCAGAAGCAGCAGGAGGACAUGAAAUUUUCGAUGAUUUGGGAGACUUAGUACGAGAAAGACAAGGCAUUGAACGAAAGCUCUCAACAACAUACAGUUUAGGCAGAGAUGGAACUAACAGCCAGAAAACAAACUCAAUCCUUCCAGUAUAUGACGGAAAAUCAAGAAGCUAUUCAUUUCAAAGUGCAAAGAAAGAAAAUGUUACUAUUUUUCGCACGUUAAGUGAUUCAUCUUCGGAGCAAAAAAGUAGUAGUGGUAAUGAUACAGAUUCUAGCAGUUGGGAAGAAGAGGAAGCAGAAGAAAGGCAAUCAAUUGAUAAAGCAAAAGGAAAAGCUCCCAUUGAAGAAGCAGAAAGUUCAAGUAAUGAAGAUGAUGAUGAUGAUGCAGAUGCUGAUGAUGUUGUGGAUUUAAAAAGUUCAUCGGAUUAUGUUUCGAGCUCGAAUAUUUCUGUUCAUCCAAUGUCGGUAGAAUCUAUACAAAGAAGAGGUAGAAGAAGUUCAUGGUUGAAAAGGAGAAGGUCUAUGUCUUCAACUAACUAA